AUGCUCCCGAAGCGGCGCCAAGCGUGGAGAGCGUACCCCAGUAGUACAGCCGCCGCCUCCGCACCGGCCUCCCUGGGUUUCCCCGAUGUCGUCAUUAAUCUGGUGGAGCCGCGCAUGGGUCGCAGUCGCCGGGCCUUCCUCACACGCCUGGUGCUGUUGAAAGGUUUCCGGGUCCUGGAUGCCUGCAGCUCGGAGGUGACCCACGUGGUGAUGGAGCAGGCUUCAGCCGAGGAGGCGAAGGGCUGGUGGGAGUGCAAGGCAGCGGCUGUGCCCCCAGGCUGCCCCGGCCCGGCUCUGCUGGACAAUGGUUGGUUAGAGAGCAUGGCCACAGGGCAGCCCGUCCCCGUGGAGCCCAGGCACUGCCUGGAGGUGGCUGAGCCCGAGGAAGAGCCCCCAAGGCUGGGGAGGGUGCCCAUGUAUGCCUGCCAGCGGCCCACGCCCCUCCCUCACCACAACACCGCUCUCUUGGAGGCCCUGGAGACGCUGGCGGAAGCAGCCGGCUUGGAAGGCAGCGAGGGCCGCCUCCUGCCUUUCCACAGAGCGGCCUCGGUGCUCCAGGCCCUGCCCUGCCCUUUCACAGCGCCGAGCCAGCUGCAGGGGCUGCCCCACUUCCGAGAAUAUUCUUCCAGGGUGGUCCAGGAGCUGCUGGAGCACAGGGUGUGUGAGGAGGUGGAGUGGGUGCAGAGCUCAGAGAGGUUCCGGACCAUGAAGCUCUUCACCCAGAUGUUUGGGGUAGGGGUGAGGACUGCUGACCGCGGUGUGAAAAUGACAGAUAGGAUGGUUACCACAAAGCUGUUGAGGCUGGUGAAGCAGACCGAGGGCAGUCACUCCUGUUUGCUCAGCGAAAAUGGUGUAGCUGGUGGAGACAAGAACAGGAUGCCUGCCGGGCUCCCUGGGCCACUAGGAAGCCAGGAGCAGUUCCACAGCCAAGGAGCACAGAUGCCCACCCAGAGCCCACUCAAAAGCAAGCCCACCUCAGGUGUCACCUUCUUACAAUCACUGUCUCCUGCUGCCAGAGACUACCGGGCUUGCUUUGCAAAAAUCCUGGUUCGCCCGCCCUCUAAGGAGGGGAGCAGAGGCACAGCUGUGCUUUCCGGAAAUCUGCACAGCUAUGGGGCAGAGAUUCUGCAGGCUGAGGGAAAAGGAGGCCUGAGCUAG